GAGCUAGAAUGAACUUUUACCAUUUACAUUGAAUUUAGCAAGGAGAUCAACCACAAUAUUUUUAUUUAUUUUUUAUUUUUCAAAAAAUAAGAUUAAUUGUAUUAUGCACAUAAACCGCCAUAUUGAGGCACGAAACUCCUUUGUUGUUUCCCAAAGGAUGACUUUUCGACGAAAUUCUGUGUGUGUAAGCAUCACAAAAUGGCUGCUGACCAAUCACAGUUAGAUUUUCCUUUUUCUUUUUCGUAUCUAUUUAAGGACUGGGAUUUGCAUACUUUGAAUGAACUUCUUUCUUGGUAUUAGCUCUUACCUUUGUAUAAUUAAUAAACCAUGUCGAGUAUAAACAGAUCACCUAUUAAUUGUGGGAAAUUGCUGUAUGAAUUCACUAAAGCCCAAAAACGAUGGCGCAUGGCUUACAAAGCUAUUUAUUUUGUCCGGAUCAUGCUAUCGCUUCCCAAACAUGUUGUUGUGUCAGAAAUAAGAAGCUAUUCCGAGACCUUGCUCUCACCUUCCAAAACUCCAAACAACACCUCUACUACUACUAAAGCUUCUACUUCAAAAAAUCAUGAAGUCAAUAAAGCCUUUGAUCAUAAACUCAUCAUGGAGAUUGUCAAGGAAAAAGACUUGACAUCUCUACGCAUACAUGGAGGGGCUGAAGCUAUUGCCACCACUCUUGGGACUCACCCUGAGAAUGGAAUCCAAGAAAACGAGGAAGACAUUGACAAACGACGUCGAAUCUUUGGUUCUAAUACUUAUCACAAGCCUCCUCCCAAAGGGUUGUUUUACUUUGUGGUGGAUGCUUUGAAGGACACCACUAUUUUGAUUCUUAUGGUCUGUGCUGCUCUGGCUUUAGGCUUUGGAAUUAAAGAACAUGGUGGAAAGGAAGGUUGGUAUGAAGGUGGAAGUAUCUUUAUAGCUGUGCUGCUUGUUAUUGUUGGCUCAGCUCUUAGCAACUAUAGACAAGAGACUCAAUUUGAUAAGCUUUCUAAAAUAAGCGACAACAUCAAGAUUGAUGUGGUAAGAGGUGGCAGGCGACAAGAAAUUUCUAUCUUCCAUAUUGUGGUUGGAGAUGUUGUUUUGCUUAACAUAGGAGAUCAAAUUCCAGCUGAUGGAUUGUUCUUAAAUGGACACUCAUUGCUAGUUGAUGAGUCAAGCAUGACAGGCGAAAGCGAUCACAUUGAGAUCGAUUCAGUGAAGCAUCCUUUCUUGUUCUCUGGUUCCAAAGUGGCUGAUGGCUAUGGGACCAUGCUGGUGACCUCUGUCGGGAUGAACACGGCUUGGGGGGAGAUGAUGAGCUCCAUAACCCGAGAUACAAACGAGAGGACACCACUACAAGCUAGACUCGACAAACUGACCUCUUCAAUUGGAAAGGUAGGACUUACAGUUGCCUUUUUAGUUCUUGUAGUCAUGUUAGUUCGUUAUUUUACGGGUAAUACUAAAGAUGAAUUUGGGAAAAAAGAGUACAUCAGUGGUAGGACAGAUGUGGAUGAUGUUUUAAACGCGGUUGUUCGUAUAGUGGCAGCUGCGGUCACAAUUGUGGUGGUGGCAAUUCCAGAAGGAUUGCCACUAGCCGUGACUUUAACUCUGGCUUACUCUAUGAAGAGAAUGAUGGCUGAUCAAGCUAUGGUUAGAAAGCUAUCAGCUUGUGAAACUAUGGGAUCAGCAACUAUUAUUUGUACUGAUAAAACCGGUACUUUAACGUUAAACCAAAUGAAAGUUACUAAAUUUUGGCUUGGUCAAGAACAAAUCAAUGAAAAAGAUUAUUCAAAUUCAAUUUCAACAAGUGUUUGUGAACUAUUCUAUCAAGGUGUUGGUUUGAACACCACGGGUACUGUUUACAAACCUGAUCAUUAUGAUCAAUCUAGCAAUGUUCAACUUGAGUUUUCAGGUAGCCCAACUGAGAAAGCUAUAUUAUCUUGGGCUGUUUUGAAUUUGGGUAUGAAUAUUGAAACGUUAAAGCAUGAUUAUGAGAUAUUACAUGUUGAAACGUUUAACUCAGAUAAAAAACGAAGUGGGGUUAUGUUAAAAAAAAUCACAAACGACAAUCUAAAGAUAUAUGUCCACUGGAAAGGAGCUGCGGAGAUGGUUUUAGCAAUGUGCUCGAGUUACUAUGAAAGUAAUGGUAAUAAGAAGCCAUUAGAUGAAGAAGUGAAACAAAAAUUUGAGAAAAUAAUUGAAGGAAUGGCGGCUAGCAGCCUCAGAUGCAUUGCCUUUGCUCAAUGUGAAGUUUCAGAAGAUGAGAUUGAGUAUGUUGAUGAUCAAGAGAAGACACAUAGAAGGCUCAAAGAAGAUGAUUUGACCUUGCUUGGAAUAGUUGGACUUAAAGACCCGUGUAGACCGGGUGUUAAGAAAGCUGUGGAAGCUUGCAAAAAUGCAGGGGUGGCUAUUAAGAUGAUCACAGGGGAUAACGUUUUCACGGCCAAAGCUAUAGCUGCAGAGUGUGGAAUUCUAGAGGUAGCCAGUGGUGAUGAAGCUAGCGAGGGACAAGUGGUAGAAGGCAUUGAAUUUCGAAACUACACGCCAGAAGACAGAAUGAAGAAAAUCAACAACAUCCGAGUAAUGGCAAGGUCAUCCCCAUUUGACAAGCUCUUGAUGGUUCAAUGCCUGAAAGAGCUAGGCCAUGUGGUUGCGGUAACUGGAGAUGGAACAAAUGAUGCACCGGCUUUGAAAGAAGCCGAUAUAGGACUUUCUAUGGGGAUCCAAGGUACUGAAGUGGCUAAGGAGAGCUCAGACAUUGUCAUCUUAGAUGACAACUUCGCUUCAGUGGUCACAGUCUUAAGGUGGGGAAGAUGUGUUUAUAACAACAUACAAAAAUUUAUUCAGUUUCAGCUAACUGUCAAUGUUGCAGCACUUGUUAUAAACUUUAUAGCAGCAGUUUCUGCUGGAGAAGUUCCUCUCACGGCAGUUCAACUUUUGUGGGUGAAUUUGAUUAUGGACACACUUGGAGCUCUGGCUCUAGCCACUGAAAGGCCGAGCAACGAGCUCAUGAAGAAAAGGCCGGUGGGUAGAACAGCGCCUUUAAUAACAAACAUCAUGUGGAGAAACCUGUUGGCUCAAUCUCUCUACCAAAUUGCCAUUCUUUUGUUGUUGCAAUUCAAUGGCGAGUCCAUCUUAAAUGUCUCUAAGGAAGUAAAUGACACCUUGAUAUUCAAUACUUUUGUGCUUUGUCAAGUCUUUAACGAGUUCAAUUCAAGGAGUAUGGAGAAGAAGAAUGUGUUCAAAGGUGUUCAUAGGAACAAACUUUUCUUGGGAAUUAUUGGGUUUACUAUUGUACUUCAAGUGGUGAUGGUGGAAUUUUUAAAGAAGUUUGCUGACACCACAAAUCUCAAUUGGUGGCAAUGGUUGGGUUGCAUUGCAAUAGCGGCUGUCAGUUGGCCAAUUGGUUGGUUUGUGAAGUCCAUUCCAGUUUCAAAUGAACCAAUCUUUGAUUAUCUAAGAAGGAUAUUCAUGUUUAAAAGAAUCACAAUGAUUUUCCAUAGAACAGAAAAUUCUACCUCCACACUUGGGAUUGGGUGCGCUAAAUGUUAAUUUAUUUAGGUGUUCAAAAGGGUUGUCAACUAUUUAUGGAAUCUCGUCUAUUAUUAUUAUUAUUGUUACAUUAGGAUUUAGAAGGGAAAAUAAGAACCAACUGAUUGAUUGUGUUUUUAUUUUCUUUGAGACAGCAGAUACUAAUUUCAAUUGACUCCAGUUGAGAAUUUUGUGUGUUUUUGUGUAAAAGAUCGUAAUUUGUGUACUGUACGGUGAUUACUAAUUUUGAUUAUUUUCAAAUAUAUUACUUAUGUUUACCA